AUGGAGAUGGAGGAGCGUGUGAGUGAGCGACAGGCUGAAGUUUUGGCAGAGUUUGAGUGCAGAAAGAGAACCAGACAAAUCACCGUCUCCACUGAUGAUGCUGAGGUGAAGGCCUGCCUCCGAGCUCUUGGAGAGCCAACCACGCUGUUUGGGGAGGGGCCUGCUGAGAGACGGGAGUGCAAAUGGGAAGAGUCAGAUGGCAAUAUGGCCUCCUGUGCUGCAGAUGGAUCUGUUAAGCUGUGGAGUUUAGACAGUGAUGAGCCAGUAGCAGACAUUGAAGGGCACUCCAUGAGGGUGGCUCAGGUCACCUGGCACCCAUCGGGCCGGUUUUUGGGCACAACUUGCCAUGAUAAUUCAUGGCGACUUUGGGAUCUUGAGGUCCAAGAAGAGAUUCUGCAUCAGGAGGGUCACAGUAAAGGCGCACAUGACCUGCACUUCCAUCCAGAUGGCUCGCUUGCAGGAACUGGUGGUCUGGAUGCGUUUGCUCAUGUCUGGGACCUGCGGAUGGGUUGUUGUGUCAUGUUCCUGGAGGGCCAUCUGAAAGAGAUUUACAGCAUUAACUUCUCACCAAACGGCUUUCAUGUGGCAACAAGCAGUGGAGAUAACACUUGUAAAGUGUGGGACCUGCGGCAGAGGUGUAUAAACACAAUCCCCACCCAUCAGAACCUGGUGUCUUCUGUUAAGUUUCAGCGUAGGUGUUCAAGUCUAGAGGAGUUUGAGGCUAAUUUAACAAUGUUUGUUAUAGGUCAACCGUCCAAGUGAAAUAGACUUAAAGCUGAAGUGUGUAAUUUCUGCGCCAUUAGCGUCACCAGUCGGAAGUGCAAAAAUAAAAGCCAUCUUCUGAAGCCAUACCAUAGUGUUGUGUGAGUAACAGAUGAAAAAGUUGAUAAAUCAUUCUUCCCUCUGCAGUAGUUUUCAAAACAAUCCAAUGCAUAGAGUCACAAGACCAAAACCAAUGGCAUUUCUUAUGAAAUCAAACCUUGUGCUUCAUCUUGAGGUGCCAAAUUUGAAUGUGCACAAGCAUUAAUGAGAUUUGAGAAGCACUUUUUUUUUUUUGCAAUUUUUGGAGCUUGACAGCCCCUGGUCACUAUCUACCUUGAGGGGAGGGGGAUGUCUCUUCAGUCUUGGAAAACAUACACUAUAUUGCCAAAAGUAUUUGCUCACCCAUCCAAAUAAUUGAAUUCAGGUGUUCCAAUCACUUCCAUGGCCACAGGUGUAUAAAAUGAAGCACCUAGGCAUGCAGACUGCUUCUACAAACAUUUGUGAAAGAAUGGGCCGCUCUCAGGAGCUCAGUGAAUUCCAGUGUGGUACUGUGAUAGGAUGCCACCUGUGCAACAAGUCCAGUCGUGAAAUUUCCUCGCUACUAAAUAUUCCACAGUCAACUGUCAGUGGUAUUAUAACAAAGUGGAAGCAAUUGGGAAUGACAGCAACUCAGCCACGAAGUGGUAGGCCACGUAAAAUGACAGAGCGGGGUCAGCGGAUGCUGAGGCGCAUAGUGCGCAGAGGUCGCCAACUUUCUGCAGAGUCAAUCGCUACAGACCUCCAAAGUUCAUGUGGCCUUCAGAUUAGCUCAAGAACAGUGCGUAGAGAGCUUCAUGGAAUGGGUUUCCAUGGCCGAGCAGCUGCAUCCAAGCCAUACAUCACCAAGUGCAAUGCAAAGCGUCGGAUGCAGUGGUGUAAAGCACGCCGCCACUAGACUCUAGAGCAGUGGAGACGUGUUCUCUGGAGUGACAAAUCAUUCUUCUCCAUCUGGCAAUCUGAUGGACGAGUCUGGGUUUGGCGGUUGCCAGGAGAACGGUACUUGUCUGACUGCAUUGUACCAACUGUGAAGUUUGGUGGAGGGGGGAUUAUGGUGUGGGGUUGUUUUUCAGGAGCUGGGCUUGGCCCCUUAGUUCCAGUGAAAGGAACUCUGAAUGCUUCAGCAUACCAAGAGAUUUUGGACAAUUCCAUGCUCCCAACUUUGUGGGAACAGUUUGGGGAUGGCCCCUUCCUGUUCCAACAUGACUGCGCACCAGUGCACAAAGCAAGGUCCAUAAAGACAUGGAUGAGCGAGUUUGGUGUGGAAGAACUUGACUGGCCUGCACAGAGUCCUGACCUCAACCCGAUAGAGCACCUUUGGGAUGAAUUAGAGCGAAGACUGCAAGCCAGGCCUUCUCGUCCAGCAUCAGUGUCUGACCUCACAAAUGCGCUUCUGGAAGAAUGGUCAAAAAUUCCCAUAAACACACUCCUAAACCUUGUGGAAAGCCUUCCCAGAAGAGUUGAAGCUGUUAUAGCUGCAAAGGGUGGGCCAACGUCAUAUUAAACCCUAUGGAUUAAGAAUGGGAUGUCACUUAAGUUC